AUGAGAGAGAAAUUGAAAAGUUUAGAAAACAAUGGAAUAUUUUAUGGAUUACUUAACAAAUCAAUCAGAGUUCAAGAUGGAGAAACUGUUCUUGGCAAACAGGCAUAUAGGUAUGUCCUUCAAUUGGGGUGGUAUCACAAGCCAUCUUGACUAAUUAUCAAGCUUCCCAUGUCCUGAUAUUUCUUUACUGAUAAGGAUCCCCCCUCAUUUAUCCAAUUUUCUAGUUUUUUUUUUUCUAACUCCCUCCCCCCCCUCCGUGAGUGAACAAAAUAAUUUUGUUCACUCACGGAGGGGGGUUUAAUUUUUUUUUUUUUUUUUAAAAAAAUUUAUAUAUAAAUUUUUAUAAAAAUAUAUUUUUUUCGAAAUUUAAAAAAAUCCUAAUUCGUAAAAAUUGGAAAGCAAAUAUUAAUUUAAUUUAUAAAAUUUAUGUUUUAAAAAGCAAUUCGUUCAAAAUUAAAUAGAACUAGCUCUAGAUUUCAUUAUACUAAUUAUCAUUUAUAUAUCAAAAAUUUUUUCCAUCAAAAAAUUUUUCUAUUAAAAAAUUUUUGUUCACUCACGGAGGGUGGGUUUUUGGUCAAAAAAUAGCGAUUUUUUUAAUGGUUUUGUUCACUCACGGAGGGGGGGGGGAGUAAGAAAAAAAAAUUUUUCAGGACCUCAUUUGUCCCAAAUCUAGUCAAAAACGAUUUGUCCCAUUUUCUAGUCAUUUUUGGAUUUUUCGAGUGUCCUAAAUUUUAGUGUUUUACUGUAAAAAAACUAGAAAAUGAGACAAUUGAGGUCCUGAAAAUUUUUUUUUCUAUCAAAAUUGUGACUAGAAAAUUGGACAAAUGAGGUCCUAAAAAAAUUUUUUUUUCCUAUAAAAAAAACUAGAAAAAUGGACAAAUGAGGGGGGGGAUCCUUAGAAUUGAGUUUAAAAUUAAAUGCAAGGUAAUAUUUGCAAUCAUUAUUCUCCCCCCUCUGUGAGCGAACAUAAAAAUUCUGUUCACUCACGGAGGGGAGUUAAUUUUUGUUUUAAAAAAUUUAUAUAUAAAUUUUAUAGAAAAUAUUUUUUUUAGAAAUUUAAAAAAAAUCCUAAUUCGCAAAAAUUGGAAAGCAAAUAUUAAUUUAAUUUAUAAAAUUUAUGUUUUAAAAAGCAAUUUGUUUAAAAUUAAACAAAAUCACACUAGAUUUCAUUAUAGUAACUAUCACUUAUAUAUAGGAAAUUCCCGAUGAUGGAGCUCAAUGUGCCAUCAUCGGGAAACUUGUAUAUCUAUUUUUUGUUCACUCAUGGAGGGUGGUUUUUUGGCAAAAAAUAGCGAUUUUUUUAAUGAUUUUUUUCACUCACGGAGGGGGUGUUAGCAAUCCAACGAUAUCGAAGAGAUGUUGUUGCAGGCUCCAUGUCAAAUGACUGCGGAAAUUUGAUAGUGCGGCAUCUCAUAGGGGAAACUUUGUUCGAAUCAUUUUUGAUAGUGAGACAUUUGAUCGAAAAAACCAUCAUAUUUCGGCCAAAUGGCUACACUAUUUGAAAAUUUUCGACCAAAAGUACUUCGGUGAAAUGGGCACUAUCAAAAAGGCAAAGUCAUUUGACCUGCACCUGCUUUUUUGUUGUUGCAAGCUAUCAGAUCGCUAUUUUUUCCUAGUUUAAAAAUGCCACACAUUGAAAAAAUGUAUUUAAUGACGAUAAGAUUUCUUCUAAUAAAUUUUUAA